UUGCUGAAGCAUUUGGGCGAGAGGCUUUGAGAUUUCGCUUUCAUUUUAUCUAUUCAACACCAGCGAUAAGACUGAACCGUGACGUAAUUCACUUUCGAUUCUCAGAAAUGACAACGCGGAAGCCCUUGUUGCGUUUCUUUGAAAACUAUAAAUACAAAAACUUACAUUGCAAGCUGUUUUCGCGUAUAUCACCCCAGAUCUAAAACCUAGCGAGACACUUGCUAAAACCUAGCUCUAGCUAGGCACUCAAAACAUCGACUCAAGACAAGAUUCCGACUUUGUUUUUAGCUGAACACUGUAUUUACCGUCAUAUCAAAUGCUGAACAUGCCGGUCGAGAAGUUACGGCUUCGUCCUUGGUUGGAGAGUAUGCUCGAUUCUGGUAAAAUUCCCGGCGUUACAUGGGUCGAACGAAGAAACAAGGUGUUCAAAGUAUCGUGGAAACACGCUUCAAGGCAUGGAUGGGAGCUCGAUAAAGACGCUUGCAUCUUUCGUGCAUGGGCAGUUCACACUGGUCGCUUUAGACAAGGCCUCGAUAAGCCGGAUCCUCGAAGAUGGAAGGCGAAUUUCAGGUGUGCGCUGAAUGCAUUGCCCGAUAUAAAAGAGUUGCCAGGUCGAGCUGUAACCCGUGGGAAUAACGCCUACAAAGUCUAUCAAAUGCUACACUCGAGUAAGAAACCGGACAAGAGCAACAACAAAAAAAGCGAAGGAAAACCAUCUCCAAGCAACUGCAGCCGGACGCUGGUCACUAGAGCGCGGGCGCAUGUUCGUCGCAGGUCCACGGAAGAAACCAAAGAGUGUGUUAUCAGAAAGAAAACAAUCAAACUCAAGGAGCCGCUUCCGUUGCCUAUGCCAACCAAGCCCCCAAUCCAGGCGCACUUCACGUAUUGGCCGAUAUACCCAGUAAUUGCGCAUGCGCAUCUCAAAGAUCACGAUUAUCUGACCACGUGGUACGAUCCUAGACCGGAAAUGAAAGAUAUCGGGGUGAUGACGUCAUACACAGAGAUUAAAGUAGAGCCAUCCUCUCCGACUUCCACGUCACGUGACAACGUUCAGAUCACUGAAGUUGACAAGGUUCCCCUAAGAGAUGUAAAACAAGAGAGAGAGGUUCCCAGCGAUGAAGAAAUCGUCGACUUAGUGGAUAGCAUGUCACGUGACAGUGAAUGUAGCUCGCCAAAGUGUGACUCGAUCUCUUCAUAUGAAGAUUUCAGUGUCGACAUGAGAGACCCAAAUUCCCCAGUGGAAGCCACUGAAGAGCAAUCAACGACUAUGCCUACUCUCGACCCUGAUGACGCCACAGAGUUGGACUUGGUGAUGGAUGAAGCCCCUCCUAUAUUAGAGGCAGCCACGACGGAGGAAAUACUCCAGGGCCUUGCUGACAGUGAUCACAAGAUUGACACCUGAUCACGUGACAUUGACGUCUCUAGGGAUUCAAGCACCGUGUGGUCAUAUGGCAUUCACUGAGAUUAUUUGCGCUGCGUGACUGGUUCUAUUUUUUUAAAGCUGGUAAAAGGUCGAAGUUUAUAAAGCCGACUGAGAAACGUCAGGAAAGCAGGGAAUAUUUAAACAUUCUAAAGACUUUUUUCAAGAUGAAAGGGUUGUCUUAGGAGGAAGGGGUGGAGGGCGUUGGAAGGCGGGAUUUGUUUGGGGGACCAGACAUGAAGUUUUAGAUUCUUAUUGGAUCUUUAAAUACUCUUUCUGUAGCAUUAAAAAAAGACAUUGAAAAAUAGUGUUUUUUUCUGGUCGCCACUUACGUCCUAGAUUUGUGCUGAAUGCAACUUUUAUUUGAUUUUUAUUUUUUAAUUCUUUCUCUGUAAAACGUCUUACGAGUUUUCUGUUUUGGCUCUUCGAUAUCAAAAAUGGUGCAAGAUAGACAUCCAAUCAUAGAUAAGAAAGAUGUGCUUGGGAAACAAUGCACGAAAAGUGAAUCAUUUUUAACUCAAAAACCCAGAUUUUGAGAUAAGUAGAAAACACUAAUAGAAAUAAAGAAAAUAGAAAAUAAAAACCUCCCCCUCCAAGUAUCUUUGAAAGAAAUCGCGACCAAUCAGAGACAACGGUUAUAUUCUAAAAAUGUUGUUAUAAUGUAAAUGUUUAUGCGGUUGUUAAAAUUAAACAAUAAAGUUUACUUUCAGAAGAAAAUAUAAAAAUAAAA